CGCAGGAUUCCUCCCUGGCUGUAGGCGACUUCUUGAACAAAAUGUCUAUAGUCCCAAGCGAAGUCCAAUUUUCUAGUGUGGUUUUUGAGCCGAUCGUCUUUUAGGGUCCUUGCUGUUCUCUGGGCAACUGUUUCAAUCAUCUUCCCAUCCGAAAUUUUCGUGCGGACAUGAGGUUCAGCCAUACCUGCAAGAGAGUCUGGUCGCUUCUGUGGUGGAUGCUUGUCAUUCUCCACGGCAUCCGCGCCUCGCCACCCGCACCCCUCUCAUCAAAAACAAUACACAUAAAGCUCGGCUUGAUGCUACAAGCCGACGACCCUUGGAUUCACGAGUUUAGUAUGGCAAUGCAGGCCGCAGUUUCGAAUGUGAACAGCAGGUCGGACAUUCUGCCUGACGCGAUGGUCGACCUCGUGCCGUUCACAUACCAAUCGGAUGCCCAAAACGCUAUUCGGGCUGCACAAAACGCAUCUGACGCCGGAGUCUUCGCAAUCGUCGGCCCAACAUACUCUUCUACCGCUCUUUCCACGACAUCUGUAACCGCUCUUCACAGAAUCCCGACCUGUUUACCGUAUGCGACCAACCCACAGUUCUCAAAUCGUACGCUGUAUGCCAACCUAUUGCGCAUGGCACGACCUGAUAACUUCGCUAUAACCUUUCCGCUUUCCUGGAUCCAUUCCAUGGGGUGGACGAGGAUUGCAACUCUGACCAGCCGGAGCUCGUACAGCUUUCUUCGUGGGACUGUCAGAUCCAACGCCGCAUCGUAUGGCCUCACGCUCCUGGCUGAAGUCGAGUUCGACUCUAACUCUGAUUUGACCGCUGCGCUCAAAGAAAUCGGUGCAUCCUCGGCCCGAAUCUUCUUAGUUUUGGCAAAUAGAGAGGAAGCCACAGCCGUUUGGCUUGCGGCGUAUGCGGCCGGGCUGGUUACGAAGGACUACGUUUGGGUUACAAUUGAAGGCGUGGUAGACUAUGAUCAGACUUCAGGGGGAACGUCCAUCAACGCCUCUCUUGGCCAUGCCAUCGCAUUGAAAAACGCUGUUUAUACCACCAUGCAGCCCGACCCGGACUCAAGAACGACGCAGUAUCAGAAUUAUGAAGCUGCCCUGCUCGCGCAGGCGGGCAGCAAUGCGGUUGAUGAUCGGAAUGGCUAUUUUUCUCAGUCCUUACUGGGAUUGCGCGUUUGCAAUCUUCCACGGCUUUGAUGGGCUCCUUCGCCGCAACACCUCCCUCUCUUCAUCAAUGCUUGCCAAUGUAAACUACAACCCGCCUGUUGACCCCGCCGUCCCAUACAACGCGCAUCCGUUCACAAAUAUGUCGAUCUUCACCACCGGGAUGCCGGGGCUCUUGGGGUCGUACGUGUUUGAUGAUGGGAUUUUUGAUAGCAGAGGUAGGGGCGUUCUGGAACGGGCUUGGUCCCUCAGUUUGAAACUCAUAGCGCCAUCACCGUGCAGAGCAAAUCGGAGUGCAAGUCA